UUAACUUCUUCAACUGCACCUGCUACUUCAACCACUUCAUCUGCACCUUCAUCAUCUUCUUCUUCUUCCUCGAAUCUUAACGAUUUUGAACAAGAAAUCUUGGAUGAACAUAACACUAAAAGAGCUCUUUCUGGUGCUCAAGCAUUAGUCUGGAAUAACACUCUUGCUCAAUACGCCGCUGAUUAUGCUAAAUCUUCGUUCUCUUGUGAUAACGUUCAAUUAAUUCAUUCUGACGGUCCAUACGGUGAAAACUUAGCUGCUGGUUACUCUGGUGGUAAAGAUCCAGUUGAUGCUUGGUAUGAUGAAAUUAAAUACUAUGACUUCUCUAAUCCAGGUUUUUCUGAAAAAACUGGUCAUUAUACUCAACUUGUUUGGCAAUCAAGUAGUCAAAUGGGAUGUGCUAAAGUUGAUUGUAAUAACUCUUGGAAACAAUAUACCAUCUGUGAAUAUUCUGACACUAGAGGUAACAUUGUUGGAACAGAUCCAAAAACCCAUAAAAAUUUCUUUGCUGAAAAUGUCAUUAAACCAAGUUCAAGUUAA